CGUUACAACCCUCUUUCUCACCUGUAAUCGCUUGCAUAAUCUGUUUGGAGUAGCGAACACCUAAUUUCAACUUAUCCUCCUUCAUGUCGGCAUUCUUCGGCAAAGUGCGGGAAAUCGUAUCGUCGCUGCCACUCGUGAAGUUGUUCUCCUCUCUUAGCAGAAGUCACGAAGAGAAAUUUUGUAAUGUCCGCGUGCAGCGUGGUGCAAGACGUGCCUUUAGAUUUGAGCUGUCGCAGCUCCGAGAGGAGAACGAGUUUGUUGAAUUCCUCGAGGUUUCAGAGAUACUUGCCUUGUCAGACGUGCGGGAAAAAUUUCGACCGACCUUCCCUGCUCAAAAGGCAUUUACGCACUCAUACAGGUGAAAAGCCGCAUGGUUGCGCCGUGUGUGGAAAAAUGUUCAGUACAAGCAGCUCCUUGAAUACACACGUUAGAAUACACACUGGAGAACGACCGCACGAGUGUCCAGUUUGUGGAAAGCGUUUCACUGCUUCGUCAAAUUUGUAUUAUCAUCGAAUGACACAUUACAAGGAGAAGCCGCAUAAAUGCAACGAAUGCGGCCGUUCCUUUCCGACCCCUGGUGAUUUGAGGGCCCAUGGAUAUUCUCACAGUGGUAACUGGCCGAUGCGAUGCCCGAUUUGCAAUCGCGGAUUCUGCAAGCCUGGAGCUCUGCAUCAUCACAUGCAAGUGCACACUGGAAAUCGAGGGUAUCGUUGCAACAUAUGCAAAAAGCAAUUCGCUGUGAUGAGUAAUUUACGAGUGCACGAGCGUUCCCACGAUCUCGAUGCGGUGUCAAUGCGAAAUACCGCCGACUCCUCGAACACGGCAAACAAGACGCUGAUAAAUCCAUUUACAUUCGACGAAGCGAAUAGAAAUCAUUUGCAACUCUCCGGAAUUUAUUCCUGGACCUCUUGGAUACCUGUGCAUUAUCCCAAGUGA